UGCUAAUGCUUUAAAUCAUCCUAAAAUUGAAGAACAACAUUGAAGAAUUCAGAAGCAUCACUCUCGGAAUCAACAGAUGAAAACAUGUCUUCAGUUACUCCCACAACACCAUGUCCGUUUCCUAUCCUGUACAGUGACCAGGACUCUGCAACCAUGUCCAAGGUGUUAAACUUGACGGACACUGAUAUGGAUCUGUUGGUUCAGUUUCUGGGUCAUGAUAUCCACGUGCACAAGAAGUUCUACCGUCUUCCUGAAGGUACUUUGGAACUGGCCAAAAUAACGAAGAUUCUUACAGCACUGGAGACUGGGCGGUUGGCAGACUUCAAGGGCAGAAAUCUUGAUGAAAUCAAUAUCGACCCCAAUGAGACACUUGAUGUUACGACAGGGUUUCCUGAUGAGGACUGCUCAGACACGGACCCUACCCCAUCACAGCCAGGUGCCAAUAACACCAACAAAGAUUCACCAUCUACAUCAGCAAGAGAUGAAACGCCACAGACACUUGAUGUUACGAGUACGACAGGGUUUCCUGAUGAGGACUGGUUUCCUGAUGAGGACUGCUCUCCUGAUGAGGACUGCUCAGACACGGACCCUACCCCAUCACAGCCAGAGACACUUGAUGUUACGACAGGGUUUCCUGAUGAGGACUGCUCAGACACGGACCCUACCCCAUCACAGCCAGGUGCCAAUAACACCAACAAAGAUUCACCAUCUACAUCAGCAAGAGAUGAAACACCACGUAUGUCACAAGUAUAA